AUGCCCCCUCGGCAGCUCACUCUUAAAUUCUACAUCAAUGGAUCUCCAGUCGUUCUCGACGGGAACACCAUAGAUCCAGAGGCGACGUUACUUGAUUUUAUCAGGACUCAGAGAGGAUUGACAGGGACUAAGCUUGGUUGUGGGGAGGGCGGGUGCGGUGCGUGCACGGUUGUAUAUCAGGUCAAACAGAACGGCAAGGUCCGUCAUCUGGCUGUGAAUGCAUGUCUCGCACCGCUAGCCUCCGUUGAUGGUAAACACAUCAUCACUGUCGAAGGUCUCGGUAAUACCGACAAUCCACACCCUCUGCAAGAGCGCAUGGCUCGUAUGCACUCCUCUCAAUGCGGGUUUUGUACACCAGGCAUUGUCAUGUCUAUAUAUGCUACCCUCCGCAACGCCGCUUACGAGCACGGUUAUAAGCUCACGGCUGAUCAGGUUGAGCUCGAGGGAGCACUAGAUGGUAAUUUGUGUCGGUGUACAGGCUAUAAGCCCAUUCUUGACGCAGCGAAGACAUUUGUCGGAGAGUAUUUUGACUUCAAGCCCUACCAUCCCGGUACCGAGUUGAUUUACCCUCCUUCAUUGAGCAAGCAUAUCUUCCAGCCUUUGGCGUUUGGAAACAAACGGAGGCUCUGGAUUAGGCCAACAACGAUCGAUCAGAUUAUUGCAAUCAAGCAAGCAUAUCCCGCAGCAAAGAUUGUGGGUGGAUCGUCGGAGGUGCAGGUCGAAGUAAAGUUCAAGGGUGCGCCGUACGAUGUUUGCAUUUAUGUCGGUGAUAUCGGUGAGCUCGGUGGCUGCACGCUCCCUGGACCGGAUAAGCAUGUGCUUUCUUUUGGUGCGAACUUCCCCCUCGCAGACCUGGAGAAAGUAUGUCAGGAGACAUAUGGCAUCAUGGGCUCAGAUAAGGCAUCUGUGCUAGAGGCAAUUCGUCAUCAGCUUCGCUACUUCGCGGGACGACAAAUCAGAAAUGUGGCCUCAGUCGCUGGGAAUGUAGCUACUGCCAGUCCCAUAUCGGACCUGAACCCAGUGCUUGUCGCUGCGGGUGCGCGUGUCGUUGCACGUGCAGCAUCUAGGGACGAGGGCAAGGAGUUCGCGCUCCCCUUACACGACGGGUUCUUCGUAGGGUACAGGAAGACGAAGUUGCCUGCGGAUGCGGUGAUCGUGAGAUUCGAAGUGCCUGUGGGCGAGCAGGUGAGUAAUGGAGAAAGAGAAGUUGUGAGAAGCUACAAGCAGGCAAAGCGGAAAGACGAUGAUAUCGCGAUCGUCACCGCCGGGAUGUAUGUCAAGGUAGAUAGCUCUGGGGAAGUUGUGGCCGCGAGGCUUGUCUACGGCGGUAUGGCUCCAUUCACAGUGAUUGCUACGGAAGCUUCCAAUUUUCUUGUUGGCAAGUCACUUACAGAUCCGGACACGCUUCAAGGAACACUUGACGCUCUCUCUAGACAAUUUAACCUCCCAUAUGACGUCCCAGGCGGCAUGCCAACCUAUCGUCGGACCCUCACGCUUUCAUUUUUCUACAAAUACUAUCAUGAAUUACUUCUCACGCUUAGCCUGCCUGCCCCCGGGUUGACCGCCACAGCCACGGAGGAGCUUACUACUGAAAUCCAUCGCGUCGUGAGCAGCGGUUCGCGAGACAACAGCGAUCCUUAUGCUCAGGAGAUUGUCGGUCGCCAGAUCCCCCAUUUGUCUGGCCUCAAGCAUACCACCGGUGAAGCUGUUUACACAGAUGAUAUGCCGAAGAUAGGCAACGAAUGUUACGGUGCACUCGUCAUCUCAGAAAAAGCUCAUGCGAAGCUCAAAUCUGUUGAUCCUUCUGCGGCACUUGAAAUGACUGGUGUCGUUGGCUGGGUAGAUCACCACGACGUCGCAUCGCCUGCUGCCAAUUGGUGGGGUCAUGCGCAUGAUGAACAGUUUUUUGCAUCAGAGUUUGUGGUCUCGCAUGGUCAACCAAUAGGCCUGAUUGUGGCGGACACAAAGGUCAAUGCUCAGGCUGCUGCUCGUGCAGUCAAGGUUGAAUACGAGGAUCUUCCUGUAAUUCUUACUAUCGAGGAAGCGAUCGAGGCGAAUAGCUUCUUCGAAUACGAUCGCCAGAUGAAAAAGGGGAAGCCCAUAGAAGAGGCUUUUAAAGCGUCGGAUUAUAUUUUCGAGGGUACAACGAGGAUGGGUGGACAAGAACACUUCUACUUGGAAACGCAAGGAUGUAUUGUCCUACCAAAGCUCGAAGAUGGGGAGAUGGAAGUCUUUUCCUCUACUCAAGCAUUGAUGGAAACUCAGGCAUUUGUUGCACAAGCUACAGGUGUGCCACGUAAUCGCAUCGUUGCUCGGGGUAAGCGAAUGGGCGGCGGUUUUGGUGGUAAAGAGACUCGCUCCAUUCAACUGGCCGGUAUCCUCGCUGUCGCAGCCAAGAAACAUCGACGGGCUGUUCGGUGCAUGCUCGAUCGGGAUAUGGACAUGAUGACUUCUGGCCAACGUCACCCAUUCAUGACGAAGUGGAAGGUUGGAAGCACAAAAGAGGGCAAAAUAAUCGCACUCUGGUGUGAACUAUUCAGCAAUGCCGGCUAUUCCCUCGAUCUCUCCAUUGGAGUAGCUGAUCGAGCGCUCGCUCAUAUCGAUAACUGCUAUCACAUUCCUAACGUUGAUGCCCGCGCGCGAGCAUGCAAGACCAACACCAUAUCUAAUACUGCAUUCCGCGGGUUCGGCGGCCCUCAGGGCAUGUUUGUCGCGGAAGCUUAUAUCACUGUGGUUGCUGAUAAGCUUGGGUUGGAUGUGGAUCAUGUUCGGGAGAUUAAUCUUUACAAAGAAGGCGAAACAACGCAUUAUCUACAAAAGGUCGACGAUUGGCACAUCCCUCGUCUUCUAUCAGACGUUCGCAAGGAGUCCGACUAUGACCGCCGACGAAAGGAAGUUGACGCAUGGAACGCAAAUCACAAAUGGCGAAAGCGAGGGCUAGCAAUGCUACCAACGAAAUAUGGACUUGCUUACGGCCUGGCACAUCUAAACCAAGGUGGGGCACUUGUCCAUAUCUAUACCGAUGGUAGUAUCCUCGUUGCGCAUGGUGGAACGGAGAUGGGACAGGGUUUGUAUACUAAAAUGGUGCAAGUUGCUGCCCAAGAACUCAAAGUCCCACUCGAUACGGUCUUCACCUCCGAAUCGUCAACAAGCACUGUUCCGAAUACGUCCCCGACUGCUGCAUCGUCUGGGACUGAUCUGAAUGGAAUGGCGGUGAAGAAUGCUUGUGAAAAGUUGAAUAAACGUUUGGAACCAUACCGGCAGAAGCUCGGCGCAGAUGCUCCUAUGACAAAACUAGCACAGGCUGCUUACCUGGACCGUGUGUCAUUAUCGGCAACAGGGCAUUAUCUCGUACCAAAAAUUGGAUAUGAGUGGGGAAAUUUCGUGAAUCCAAAGCCUUUAUUCUUUUACUACACGCAAGGCGUAGCGGCCGUUGAAGUAGAAGUCGACUGCCUAACUGGGGACCAUACGGUUCUCCGCACAGACCUCAAGAUGGAUGUUGGAAGGUCCAUCAAUCCCGCAAUCGAUUAUGGUCAAGUAGAGGGUGCCUUUGUUCAAGGAUACGGAUUAUUUACAAUGGAAGAAUCGCUUUGGCUGAACCAUAAUGGACAGCUGUUCACUAGGGGUCCUGGCGCAUAUAAGAUACCGGGGUUCAGUGAUAUCCCUCAAGAUUUUCGCGUCAGCCUUUUGAGAGAUGCUGAAUGGCCAAACCUUGGUACUAUCGCUUCAAGUAAGGGUGUUGGGGAACCUCCAUUGUUCCUCGGAGCUACUGUCCUCUUUGCCUUGCGAGAUGCGCUGAAGUCGGUUCGCGCACAGGCAAAUCUGACUGAUAUACAGGAGUUCCAGUCUCCGCUCACGGCCGAGCGCAUCCGUCUUGCUUGUGGAGAUGUGCUCUUGAAACAAGGGGAGGUGAAGCCAGUUGAAGGAAAGAAAGGGUUUUUCGCGUACAUUUAGGGACUAUCAUUGUUCAUGGAUCACAGCUUAUUGGCGAGCUAAUCAUGCAACUUGUUUAUAUCUUUGUGAAUGCUUCAUAUGGAUUACCACUCGAUGUC